AUGCCUCCAAAAUCAUUGUAAAUUUUUCUUCGACCUUUAUUAUCUUUCGCUAUGCGUGAUUUUCAAAUUACACUGGAAAAAUCACCGAUAGUGAAAUAUCGCUCAUUGCUCAUCACUAGACGAAAUUGAAAAUGACAUAAUUUUACGAAGAGCGAAAAACUUCCAACGUUUCUGCGUGUGACUGCAAAAACUGUGAAUUUAAAACUAAAAAUAAAACUCGAACGAAUCGAAAAUAUGUGCAAAAGUUAUGGCGAAGUGUGACAAAAUCGAAAAUUUGCAUUUAUUUCGUUUGGAAAUUAAACUUUUGUAAUUUAAAGCAGUACAGUGUGCGUCGCUGCAGAUAAAAUUUGGGAAAAAAGUGGAUCCACCGCAACUGCGUCACUCAUUGGAAAGCUUGAGCAGAGAAACGGCGAGAAACGCGAAUUGAGUGGUAAAACAGAAGCGAGUGAAUCGAGUUUGUGUGUAUGUAAGUUAUUGUUGUGUUUUUUUUUGUUAGUGAGGCCAUGGAUAACGUCAGGGUUUAUUAAAACAGUACGUAAAAAGAAGUUAUGCGAAUUGUUAAACAAAAAAGAAUAAAUAAAAUAUUAAACAAAUAUAAAUUUGAGAAAAACUGAGCAAAGAAAAACUCCGCAAAGCAGAAACCAACAGGAGCAACGACCAAGGCAAGCAAAGUAGUGCAUAGAAGAGAGACGAAAAAGACAUUGGAAUUUGUUAAUUGUGAGUACAUACAGUAAAAGCAACAGCAGACGUUUUAGACAUCGGACACGAUAAAUAACUAUAGAGAAAAAUUAUUAAAUAUUUAUUAACAUAUGAAAAUACCAAUACCUUAGCAAAUUAAACAUAACCUGAAAAUGUGCUUUAUUGCCGGUCGCAUUGAUAAAAUUAUUUAGUGAGAUUUGGUGUCUAAUAAAAGUGAAAAAUUUGCAGGCAUUCCUAGGCAAGGCACAAGUUGACGAAUCGACGAAAGUGUCAACCAAGGAGAGAGCAAACGCCCUGUAGGUUCCUGAUUUCUUGAAACGGUGGCCCUACUGGAAAAUCAAUUUUUGCCAACUUCUCGUUUGAGGGAGGGCGGAAAGAUCAAAAUUUAGUCGGAGAAGAAGAAGCACUAGCAACCACCCAACCCGAGAACUUGUCACAGCGCAUUUUUCGCCAAAGCGGUCGGCAGACAUUGCUGACGGUGUUGCAGCCGAAGCAGCCUUUAGCGCUGCCGCAUUAUCAUUAUUGGUUAUAGAAAGAAAUUUUAUCUUUCUUUUCACCCGAUAAUAACUUUACGGCGUGUAGCCGUAGCCGCACACUAAUUAUUUACUACCCUCAACAAAAUACGAAUACUCCAAAAAAAAAUCACAAAUAUGGCGUAUCGCAAGCCGAACGAUUUGGAUGGCUUCAUUCAAAUGAUGCCUAAAGCCGAUAUGCGUGUCAAAGCUCUGCUCGCCGAAGACUUGGUCACAUUCCUGAGCGAUGAGUCAAAUUCGAUUGUUUGCAUGGAUUUGGGCAUGCUGGUGGAUGGUCUUAUGCCUUGGCUAACUGGCAGUCAUUUUAAAAUAGCACAAAAAUCAUUGGAAGCAUUUUCAGAGUUAAUCAAAAGACUUGGUCCUGAUUUUAAUGCGUAUAACGCAACCGUGUUGCCUCAUGUGAUCGAUCGUCUGGGCGACAGCAAGGAUACCGUACGUGAGAAAGCACAAUUGCUGCUGCAAAUUGUAAUGGAAUACAAAGUGCUUGCACCACAGACCACCAUUGAUAAGCUUGCAGUCGCCUGCUUCAAGCACAAGAAUGCCAAAGUACGCGAAGAGUUUUUGCAGACCAUCGUGAACACGUUGAACGAAUAUGGCACAUCGCAAUUGAGUGUACGCACCUAUAUACAGCCUAUUAGCGCAUUGCUGGGCGAUCCUACAGCCACCGUACGCGAUGCAGCUAUACAGACGCUGGUGGAGAUUUAUAAGCAUGUUGGUGAUCGAUUGCGUGCGGACUUGCGUAAAAUGGAUGAUGUACCCACUACCAAAUUAGCGAUACUAGAACAGAAAUUCGAUCAAAUUAAAGCAGAAGGUCUAUUGCUGAAAUCGGCUCUGCAAACUAAUGCAUCCGCCGCCAAUAAUGGUCACGAUGAGUCCGACAACGUGAGUGUUCGGGAUCGUCCGACGAAAAUCGUUAAGCGUACUGUGUCUUCGACAAUGCGAAGUAAGCCCAGUGCACAGGAAUCGAGUGCAAGUAGCGAUGCUGGCGCUGUCACUGCGGAAAUAUUCGAAUCGACCUUCGAAAUUGUGCCACAAUUAACAAUAUUUCAUCCAAAAGACAUGGAUGACAUUUAUAGGAAUAUUAUUGUUGUAAUAAGCGAUAAGAAUGCCGAUUGGGAGAAGCGCAUAGAUUCGUUGAAGAAAAUACGUUCACUAUUAAUGCUAAAUAUACAAUCGCAACCGCAAUUCGUGGCGCAAUUGAAAGAUCUUUCAAUACCAUUCCUCGACAUAUUGAAGGAGGAAUUGCGUUCGCAGGUUAUACGUGAGGCGUGCAUUACAAUCGCUUAUAUGGCAAAGACACUACGUAACAAAUUUGAACCUUUCUGCGUGGCUAUCAUGGAGGCACUUAUAAAUUUAAUUCAAAAUUCUGCCAAAGUUAUCGCAUCGUCAUCGAAUAUCGCACUCAGGUACAUCAUCAAGUUCGCACAUUCGCCGAAAAUGAUAAAACUUGUUACGGACACACUACAACAAUCCAAAUCGAAGGACAUUCGGGCCGCUUUGUGCGAAAUGCUUUGUUUAAUGUUUGAUGAAUGGCCAACAAAACCCAUGGAGCGCUGCUCACAACAACUACGUGACGUUCUCAAGCGCACGAUUGCGGAUGCAGAUAAUGAGGCACGUCGUCAUUCGCGUCGCGCUUAUUGGAAAUUUCGGCGGCAUUUUCCGGAACUUGCUGAUCAGAUAUACACAACGCUUGACAUUGCGUCGCAACGUGCCCUAGAACGAGAGCGAGAUGGUGGCAAUGUGCUCAUCGAGGCCGAACGUCGCUCUGCAGCGGCAGCACCGCGAUUCCAACGUUCACCCGGUUCAAUACAGAAGCCGGCGGCGGGCAUGCGCAGCGUGUCCGCAGUAGACACUGCUGCAGCCCAACGUGCCAAAGCACGCGCCCAAUACUCGUUUUAUCCACGCAAGAAACUAAGCACUGUUGGCAAUGCGCCUGCAGCGACAUCUAACAGUACAGGCACUGCAGGCACAGCCUCUUUACCACGUCCACGAUAUAUGGGCGGUGGCACAACGACGGGCGUAGGUACACCUGCGCCGUCAAAUGUAGCAAUUGCGGCGCGUACACGUGGCCGCGCUGGAGUAUCGCAAUCGCAACCUGGUUCGCGUUCCACAUCACCCAGUUCUAAAUUGCGUGAACCAUACGGCUAUAGACCGAUAACUGGUACCAUACCGAAAAAGGCCUCUGGCAUACCGCGUUCAUUGACCAGCUCGCGGGAAACUAGUCCAACCCGCGUUGCCAUGAAACGGAGUAUUUAUUCCAAGAAUAGCGCUACUAACUCAGCCCGACGCACUCCUGAACGCAGUAAUCCGCGUUCCUUGUCUGCUGCGCGCAUAUUGCCGCAGAGCCGAGAAGCAGAAAGCGCACUGGCUGACGCGCUUUCACCGGAAUCGGAGCGGGCCAUCGACUAUGGCGAGUAUUCGCGCGGGUAUACGGCUGGUUUGAGAAUGGGUCGCAAAUUGCUGCCGCGCGACGAGUCCGACGACUCCGAGGCAUCGUCGGUGUGUUCGGAGCGGUCGUUUGAUUCGUCAAUGACACGCGGCAAUAAUUCGAACUAUUCACUGUCAGGUUCAAGAAACCGCCUGGACUGGAGCUGCACACGCGCACCAUUCGACGACAUUGAUACUAUCAUACAGUACUGUGACUCGUCGCUUUGGUCCGAACGCAAGGACGGGGUCAUCAGCUUGACUCAGUACCUGGCCGAUGGCAAUCAACUGACACCACAACAAUUGCAAGCUGUCUUAGAUAUGUUCCGUAAAAUAUUCGUGGAAACACACACAAAGGUGUACUCAUUGUUUCUUGAAGCAGUUACCGAGCUGAUACUAACGCAUGCCAACGAACUACAGGACUGGCUGUUCGUAUUAUUGACGCGACUAUUCAACAAACUUGGCAUGGAAUUGCUCAAUUCAAUGCACAUUAAAAUCAACAAGACCUUACAAGUGGUGCAUGAAUACUUCCCGCCCGACCAACAGCUUAGGGAUGUCUUCCGCAUACUAGCCGAUACAGCGCAAACUCCCUGCACUAAAACAAAAAUAGCCAUACUAAAAUUCCUCACUGACUUGGCAACCAAUUACUGCAAAUCCACCGACUUUCCUUCCGAUGACGGACCGUUGGCGGUUGAUAAGGCUGUGCUAAAAAUUGUCCAACAAGCCGGUGACCCCAAGAGCAAAGAUCUGCGUGAUCAAGCGCGUAAAUGUCUCAUUGCGCUCUAUAAUCGCAGCACACCACAAAUGACCAAGUUGUUGUCUAGCCUACCUAAGGGCUAUCAGGAUACCGCAAAAGCCAUCAUUCAGUCACAUUUGCGACGAAGCAGUACUUCCGGCACAAAUUCACCAUCCUCCCCGCAUUCAAGUGCCAGUCCUAAGCCGCUACAGAGCCCAUCGCUUGGCCCAUUUUCGUCGCUGCAGCCACAGUUCAAUACUAGUCCCCGCUCGCGACAGUCGUCAGUCGACCACGAACUCUACUCGGAGGCUGAUGUUCAGCAUAAUAUACACAAAACAUCCGAGGAGAUCCGUAAUUGCUUUGGAGUAGGUGUCGGCAUUGAGUCAGCCACCAAUAAUACACGUCAGUAUCAUUCGCUCUCCAAUGCCAACGGCUAUAAUGGCUACCUGCACGAUCAGCAAGACUCGUGUGCAUCUUCCAAUUCAAAGACACAGUCCGCCACCACUACGGAAUCGAAUACACCGGAAAGCACUACAAUGCGCUUAGAUGCAAACCUGUUGGAACAACAUCAACGCAUGACCACAAAUGUUGGGCUCACAUCAGCAACCAACGCCAACACAGCCGUGGUAAGUGGCUCCACACAUCAUAGCUCUCGUUGCAACUACACCGUCGCCUCGAACGGUGAAAUUGUGCUCGAAAGCGGCUUGACCGAAAGCGAAAUUAUACGCGUGGCAUGUGGCCUCAAACCUGAUAUGCCAGUGGAUCAGCUCCAGCAAGCGCUUGCCAAUUUGGAGAUCUGCAUUAAAGGUGGCAAUUGCGAGCUUCCAAACAAACAUUUCCGCGCGAUCAUGAAAAUGCUGCUCGGGCUAUUAGAAUCACAAACAGCUGAUGUGAUGAUCGCCGUGAUAAGUGUGCUCGGCAAAAUUGUACGCAGCACCAAAAUGAAAGAUACUUGGAGUAACUUCCUUGAGCUGAUAUUGCUGCGCAUUAUCAAUUGUUAUCCGCACAGUAAGGAGACAGCGCGUGAAAUCGAUUUGAUCAUACCGCGUAUUGUAUCUUCGUUGCCACUGAAUGCCACCAUAAAUAUUGUAAACCCUGUUAUAGCGACCAGUUGCUAUCCGAUGAACUUGUGCGCUGUGAAGUUACUCACAGAGCUGGCCGACCGUCACGGCGCCGAAUUGACCGAAUUUCAUUUGGAUAGCAUAUUUCCGAAUUUGGCGCGUCUCACCGACGACAGCGAAUCGAUGGUGCGGAAAGCAGCUGUUUUUUGUAUCGUUAAGCUCUACAUAGUGAUGGGUGAGGAAAAGGUGAAACCGAAAUUGUCGGUAUUAAAUCCAAGCAAAGUGCGUUUAUUGAAUGUGUAUAUCGACAAGCAGCGCGGAAGCAGCGGUGGUGGCAGUUCAACGAAAAAUUCAUCAGCUUCAUCAUCAUGAUUGCGUCGCACACAUACGACGGCGGCGCACGAAGAUGCGGCGGACGUAGAUCGGCGGCAAUCACCACAGCAGCAGCAACAACAACAACGAUACGAGUACCAAUAAAUGUACGGCGGUCGUUAGCAUUCUUCGGCACUCAAUCGUUUGUUAAGCUGAUGGAUUGGAACGCCGUCGACUGUGGGGGCGGUGUUGUGUAUAUGUGUAUGUUGUGUGCGUACAUGUUGUGUUUGGAUUUGUUAAAAUUUUCUUAAUCUAGGUAAAGGCAUUAAAUGCAAUACUCUUUAACACAGAUUAAGCAGCUUGCUGGCUUGCUGGGGUGCCAAAGUGGGGUUAGGUGAUCGGGUUGUUGUAAGCGAAAAUCGCUUUAACGUAUUCAUUAUUCCAAAAACGCGCUAAUAUGACCGGAAAAAUAAGUUGCUGCGGAAAAAUUGAUAGUUUGUUUAUAUGGAGGGCCUUUUUAUUUCAGCGCGGUCGUUGGUUAAUAUUUGAAAAUUAGUUGAUUUCAAAAGAAUGCGGCUUAGGAAAUAGUUUAUUAAGUAAGCUGUUCAAUUGCAGUACAACACACUUACGGCUUUAGUAAGAAUUCCGAGUAAAACAGAAACGGUAUUCUUAAAAAAAAAAAAAGUAUACUUUUCCCGAGUUUCGAGUUUACGAGCUGUAAUACUCGAAGCUGGUUUUAUAACCUUGCUUUUUAUUCAACCGAUAUCAGUAGUUUAAAUAAUAAAAUCCAGCACUUUCCAAUUGCUUCUUGCGUUUUGACCUGAUUUGCAUUUAUUCUCGUUCGACUCCACUUUGGCUAAAGCAUGACAGCUUAUGUUAUGAGCGACUGCUUGCGAGUUUACAUUAGAAAUUAAAUAUGUAUUUGCAUAAUUUUACUUAUAAGCAAACCAACAAAAAAAGAACAUAAAUAUGUAUAUUUAAAAAGAAAUCCCUAUAAAUUAAUUGAUACUGAUAUCGCUGAUAACUAAUAGUAAUUUGUUAGUUAUAAUUACAUUUAAUUAACUCGAGUGGUAGAAAGAACAAAACUGAAACUAAUUUUUCUCGCACAUUCUUUGUCUCCGUAACUUUAUACAUAAAAUGUUUAAUUAACAAUGCCACACGCCUGUCAACACCUCUAGCAAUGAUUAAUUUGGGCACUUUCUCCGGUUACACAACAUUCGAAUACAAUCGAAAAAAGCUAAAAUAAUUAUUUGUUUUUGUAAACCCGCGCUCUUUGUUACGUAAACCGGUAUCUGUAGGAUUUUGUCACUUGCUAUGUUUGAAAUGUCCUAUUUUUAAAAUGUAUUCUAAAUUUUCUUUCCACUUUUUUAUGUUUACUUUAUUUUUUGUGUUGCAUUUUAUUUUGUAAAUUUUGAGUGUAAUUUUUAAACGAACCUCUUUUAAUUAUUACUUGUAUUUCAUGUAUUUAUAAGCUUAAUGAUUUUCUAAAAACGAUAUUUCGACUAUUUACGCAAAACGAAAAUAUUGAUGUAAAAUACAUACAUACAUGUAAAAAAAAAAACAAUAAAACUAAAUUUAAUUUUUAAUUGCGUUAAUCCUACAUCUAAGUUAUAUGCAUACUUUAAUAUCUAAUUUGUACAAUAAUUCAGUAAAAGUGGACACUUUCUCUGCGUUUAUUUUUGCAAAAAAAAAAAAUUAUUCCAAGAAACAAUAAAUAACAAAAAAAACCUGCAUAUGUAUGCAGCUGUAAUUUUUUCUGCUAAUCAAAAUAUCUAUGAAAAUGUGUUGUGUUUAUAAUCGAAUAAUUGAUAUUUGCAGGGAAAAAAUGCCAGCAAAAUUUUACCAUCAUUUUCUUCAGUCUGCCUUUUUUCACAUUCGCAUCAUUCGAUACAUUUUUGUUUCUGCAACUCGUUUUUAAAUAUUCAAUUGGACAUUUGCAUAAAAGCAUUGCUUAAUAAAGGAAAUAAAAAAGUAUAUAAAAACUGUAACCAAAAAAAGAAACCUUAUAAACAAAUAGCAGAAAGUUAAGCAUUAAUAGAUAAACU